AUGCUUGCACAAGAAGAGUUUGAGGAAUACCUGGGUAAUAAUAUGAUCGCUAAUUCAUGCGUGCGAUGCGCUGUGAUAGCAUUUGAAGCCAACGAGUUAGACCUCGCCCCUACUUCCACCCGUAUCCCUCCCAACAACUCUUCUCCCCCACAUGCCACGUCGCGCAGACUGGCAGGCAUUAACUGGGAAAACAAACUCGCAUGUGCUUUACAAAACUCAUUAACAAACAUGAAAAUUCAGACACUACAGGAACUCCUCCGUGGUCCUUUGCAUGGGUGGAAGACUGUCCUUUACUUCGAUCCCUCUCUUGGUGUUGAGGUCCUCGAUCGCCUCUUCAGGCUCCAGGCAUUCCGAACGAAUGACCACGUCUUGGUAAAUUUAGAACACGAUGGCGAUCAGUGGUCUCAAAACCAGACUUCGGCAGUGCUCCGAGGAGGCCACAUGGUUCAUGUAGUCGUCUUUCAGGAGGAUUUUCGACCCUUCUUCGACUCGGUAUCGCUGCAGUGGAACCCUAAAUAUUUGGUGGUGUUCCCAUUUACCAAGACUAAUAUUAAGAAAGUUCUUCAGUACGAAGGCUUUAAGGGACCUGAAAAAAUCGUUCUUUUGGGAUCUAGCGAAAGGACCAAUGAGUUGAAAGCCAGGCACAUCAAUGUGUAUACCUAUUUCCCUUUCGCCAGAGAAAAUCCCAUUCGGUUACUUGGCCCCUGGAAUACCGAGACGUUUCUUAGCUUCGAAAGUAUUUUUGUUGAUCGUUUUCCGUCAUUCGAGGGAUACAAUUUCUGGCUCGGGACUUGGUUCGACGACUACCCCUACCUGCACCAGUCCAAAACAGGGCCUGAAGGCGAAGGCGACGGCGUGGAGGUGGAGAUGCUAGAUGCGAUGGCUCGUCGUCUCAACUACACGUACCACCUUACCACCGAACCUCCCGACCUGAACUGGGGAGACUUCGAGAAUGGUUCCUGGACUGGAAUGCUGGGCAUGGUGCACUCGAAGGACAAGAAUUUCACCGUGAACUACUUCGGAUACACAAACGAGCGGAUUGAAGCCUUCGACCACAGCGUGUCCUACUGGAACGAAGGCUUUGGUCUGGCUCUCUUGAGGCCUCCCCCCCUCCCGAAAUGGCGAAGUGUCUACUACCCUUUUACACUUGAAGUUUGGGCUUCCGUCACAGCCACCUUCGUGCUCACCGUCAUCGUCAUGCUGAUACAGGAUAUGUUACAGCCCGAGCCUUUCUUAGGUGGCGUGGGCUCCACGUGGCCGUACCUCCUGCGGGCGAUGUUCAACAACAGCAUCCCGCGCCUGCCGAAGGCCCACUGGCAGCGCCUGUUCGUAGGGUCGUGGUGGCUGUACUGCUUCAUCCUGACCACCGCCUACACGGCCAACCUCAUCGCCUUCCUCACCAUCCCGGUCUUCCCCGGACGCAUCCAGACCGUCCAGCAGCUCGCCGAGAGCGAUUACAGGUACGUCCCGGAAGCAUCGUCGCUCGAGACAUGGUUGCCAGUAGUCAACGGUCAUGGUUUUGCCCUAAAUAACAGGGAAUAUUGCUACAGACUGAGAUGA